AUGAAAUAUCACGAACUAUUUGAAUGGUGUUGGAGUAAUGGUUUCUACAAUGUGCUGCUAACUCACAUUAACCACACUGGUCUUUUGACACUGCAGCCUUUUCCAACACUGUCUGUGAAAAGUAACACACUAGUUAAUUAUUUGAAGGAACACAAUAAUUGGCAGAAUUUUAAAGGUUAUGGCAUACGUGUGUGUGCUAGCCAUCACCCACCUCGUGCCUAUAUUGCCUACAAGGAAAAUGGGGAAGUAUUGCUAAGCGGUAUUGAUGUCGAUUCAAUAAAAUUGUUCAUAGAACACUUUAAUGCUACAUUACUUUUAUCCUUACGAAGUUAUAACAAUUGUUUAAUCGCUCUAGAGACAAAGAAUGCUGACAUUUCGACAACCUUAACGGCCCAAAAUGAACGGGUGAAGACUACAUAUUCUUUAAGGCUGAUUAAUGCUUAUUUGAUGGUACCUGCUGGACAAGAGUUGGAACGAUUUAAAAUAUUUUUGGCGCCUUUUUCACGAAAUGUGUGGUUACUGCUGAUUAGUAGUGUACUUUAUAUCACUGUAAUGUUCUCGCUCAUUCACAGGCUACAAUACGGUAUUUGGCAGGUUGGUACUUAUAUGUUAAUUGCAGUUAAUAGCUACAUAGCGCGUGACAUUUCUAUGAAAAAAUUUCCCAGAAGAGUUAAACGAUUUGUAUUCUUUAUUUUACUGAUCAGUGGAGGAAUUAUAACUACAUUUUAUUUGGCGCUACUUUCCAGCAUUUUGAAUGCUAAUGUGUAUGAGCGCGAUAUUAAGGAAUAUGCAGACCUGAAAGAGCGGAAUAUAGAUUUUAUGGUACCUGAAACGAUUUUGUGGGUAUUUAAAAUAUAUGGUCUGCCAUCCAUACUCAGAGAACGUUUGACACUUGUAGAUUAUAACGAAUAUACACGUAAUCGUAAUUCCAUGAAUAUCAAGCAUGCCUACAUCUGUUUUUUGGAUGCUUGUGAGAUUCUUAAGCAUCAGCAAAUAUUCUUACUGAGAAAACGUAUGAAUUUUCUACCAAAAUCGAUAAUGUCUGUUUGGGGUGGAUUUGGUAUAAUGAACGGCUGGAUUUUCGAACAGACUUUUAAUAGAUAUGUGCAACGCACUUUUGAAUUGGGUUUUAAUGAAAAAUUUAUUAGAGAAAUUAAAAAUAAUGUUGUGCGGUAUGAUAAUGUUAGUUUCUUCAAAACGGAAUACUAUGAAGUUAAACCACUCGGCAUAGAUUAUUUUGAAUUGCCAGCUAUUUUAUUGGGAAUUGGAUAUUUAGUUGCUUUAAUUACAUUUAUAUUGGAGGUUCUUUACCACAAAUUCAGCGAACGACGUCAAUUAGUGGAUUAG